GUGGACCAGUCUGUACGUAUAAUGCGAAUGGAUUACCAAGCGAGCGGCGCGUGGAUUUGGGCCUCGCUGCGGCCUUUGCAUUCGGACCCUGCGCCCUGCUCUGUGAAUGAGCAGCGAUGUUGAACAAGGUGGAUGGCAUCUCGGCCGAGUGGCUUGAUCCGCCGCUACUCAUGCUCUCUACUCUCCACCUUCCAUCACGCCUCGUCUCUUUCUUUUUGCGUGCACACGGGAACACUAAGAGCCAUAGUGAUUGUACCGAAUUUGGCAGCUCUCCAUUGAUUGUCCAUUCGGGGUCUGGGGUGAUGGCGGAGGGGGGGCAGGCCGGCGCAAUCCGCUGGAGCAGUGUUGGACUCUCACUUUUCCUGCUGCAGCCUGUAUGUGUCCGUCAGCCGACCGAGACCGAGACUGGUUGCAACGCCAACUUGGCGUAACGGCCUUAUUGCACUGCGGCAGUCUGCAGCUUGGGCUUCUUGUAUUAUUUGACAGAUCCUUCAUAUCACCGCGCCACAAUUGAGAUUGUUAUCAUUAUCAUUAUUUAUUUACUCACAGCACGAUGUGGCACUGCAACACACCAAAACAGUCUGUCCAUCGCUUCACG